AAAUAUAUGCAGCUACAAUUUCUACAGUAUAUAGAAACGUAUUCGCAAACUAUAAACAUUAACAUAUUUUAUUCACAAACAUUUAUUACUAAUUAUUUGGCUAAAAUAAUUUUUGUCGGGUUGCAAAAAGCUAUCCAAUGAACGUGUUUACAAGUCAUAACUCUUUCAUAAUAUUUAAUUUUUGCUGAAUUACCGUCGAAGCAUCAUUUUACGGUCCAAAGAAAUAUAAAAUAAUUAUGUAUAAUAAUGAAAUAAACAAACUGUAUUUUAGCUUUUUUGUAGUUGCUUUUACGGCGUUUAAUUGAGCUCUUUCUUGGGAGUCGUUUUGCCCGUGUCGUUUUAAACGAGUCAUUUUGAUUGAGCUAAAUGAGUCGAUUCCUUCGUGACGGGCUGUUUCCUGUUCGAGAGAUACACACGUGUAUGUGUGUAUGAGAGGAUCAGUGAGAGUAAGAGAGUAAAGAGGCUCUGUAUAUUGUACAUUUGAAAAGCCUGUGAGUGUAUUUGUGUGCGCGCUCAGGAGAGCAAGUGAGAAACAUGGGGGCGGCAACAAAAAAGCACAAGAAGAAGAAGCCGAGCUUCCGCAAGCUGCUAAAAACCAGCAACAUCAAGCUGGACAACAAGCUGAAGAACCGCCAGUUCAAGCAGCAGAGCACAGCCAAGAAGCAGCGCAAAGAGCAGAGAAAACUGCAUCAGGCCCUAAAUGACGCGUCACAGCCGACCCCGCAGCCUUUAGAACGCUACGAGAAGAAGCCAGAGGAAGAAGAUGACGAGGAGGAGUUCCUGGAAUCGUUGCCUACUGAUAUGAUGGAGGAGGAUGACCUGGAGGAGAUCAGAGCAAUGGCUAAGAAAGCCUCGUUCCUCACUAGAGAUCUUUCUUCCUGUGCUCCUGCACACACCAAAAAGCGCAAGUCGGACCAGAUGUUGGAAAAGUACGAGAAGACACCCAGGAAGUUGAAACAAGAAGAAGAGAAGGAGGUCAUUCAUCUACUGCCAAUCAAAGACAAGAGCGGCUUGAUCCCUCGAACGAUGGAGAAGCCAGUGGUGCAGAAAGUUCCCGAGGAGGACGAGCAGGAGGAAGUAUAUGGCCUGGAAUCCGAGCAAACAAUAAUGGAAGAAUCACAGAGCUUCCUAAGACUGACUUCAGAAGAACAGCUGAGGCUUCGCUCGCAGAAGCUGAUGGAGAGGAAACUACGCAUCGCGAACUUGGGAUCAGCCAUUCUAACAGAUCCAGACUCAAAUAUUAAGAAGCUGAAGGAGCUGCGGGCCAUGCUGAUGGAGACUGACCCAAGCGUUGCCGUUACGGUCAGGAAGCUGGUCAUGGUCUCAUUAAUGGAGAUCUUCAAGGACAUAGUGCCCUCCUACAGGAUCCGUCCUCUGACCGAAGAAGAAAAGGCCGCCAAGGUGAAAAAGGAUACGCAGCAGCUGAGAGAGUUUGAAGAGGGUCUCGUAAGUCAGUACAAAUUCUAUUUGGAGAAUCUGGAGCAGACCGUCAGAGACUGGAAGCAGAAGAAGAUGAAGGGCAGUCAGGCCGUGGCUCUGGCUUCCUACAAAGGCCUGGCUGAAGUGGCCAUUAAGUGUCUGUGUGAACUUCUGGUGGCUUUGCCACACUUCAACUUCCACAACAACAUCAUUGUCGCUGUGGUGGCGCUGAUGAAUGACCCGGUUAAGAAGGUGUCAGUGAUGUGCUGUGAAGCAGUCAGCAAUCUGCUAAAGCAGGACAAGCUGGGCCAGGCUUCGCUAGCCACAGUGAGGGUUAUCUCAGGAAUGGUCAAAGGCAGGAACUACAAUGUCAAACCAGAGGUCCUGAACACAUUGCUGUUCCUAAGGAUAAAAGAGGUGGAUGUGAAGAAAGACACAGAAGACCUGGCCCCUAAACAAAAGUUCAUGAAAUUCAAAGAGAAGAAGAAGAACCUGUCCAGGAUGCAAAGGAAGUGGAAGAAAGCUGAGGAGAAACUUCAAAAAGAGCUGCUAGAGACUGAGGCAUCUGAGAGCAAGGACAAGAAACUCAAGCUGCACACAGAGACCCUCAACAUUGUGUUCCUGAUCUACUUCAGAAUAUUAAAGAAAGCCCAGAAGUCCAUCUUGCUUCCCUCCGUUUUAGAAGGUUUAGCAAAGUUCGCUCACCUUAUUAACUUGGAGUUCUUUGAUGAUCUACUGGCAGUGCUUCAUAAUUUAAUCAUGUCCGGUGAUCUGUCACACCGAGAGAGUCUUCACUGUAUCCUCACAGCCUUUCACAUCCUCUCAGGUCAAGGCGAAGUGCUCAAAAUCGACCCCCUGCAAUUCUACAAUCACUUGUACAAAACCCUGCUUACGCUGCAUGCAGGCGCAUCGAACGAGGACACGGGCAUUGUGCUGCAGUGUGUGGACGUAAUGCUGAGUAAGCGCAGGAAGCAGGUCAGCUUGCACAGAGCGCUGGCCUUCCUCAAGAGACUCAACACGCUUGCCCUGCACGUGAUGCACGACUCGUGUGUGGGCAUCCUGGCAACUAAUCGAGCACUCAUACAUACUUUCCCCAAGUGUGACAUCAUGCUGGAUAACGACAUGCAGGGCAGCGGUGUGUAUCUGCCUGAGCUGGAUGAGCCCGAAUAUUGCAACCCUCAAAACACCUGCGUGUGGGAGCUACACAUACUAAAGAGACACUACCACCCCAUGGUGAGGAAAUACGCCACUCAUCUGGUGGCUGGAGCUCCGAGUGAAGGUGCCGGUGCACUAAGUACAGACCUGAGCAGGAGUGCACCUGUGCAGCUUUUUGAGGAUUACAAUGUGAAGGAGAUGACCUUUAACCCGCCAGUUGCAGGACCACCCAAGAAGAAGGAGCGUUUCACGAUCGGCGAGGCAUUCCUGGACUCCGAUUUAAAAGCGCAGAUCAACGCGGCUCUUCAAGAGGACAAGCGAAUUCCACUGGACUUUGCUGCACAUUUUUCACAAAAGCAAUUGGACCUGAUUUUGUAAAUCCGUCUGUAAUAAAAUGUUUUAUAUCAAAGUGUUUCAAAUAAAAAAAAAGGUCAUGUUUGGA